CCCAUACGCUGCUACGUAUUGUCUCCGUUUGCGUCCUAUGCGUCAGGUCUCAAUUGGAUUCGAUUUUUUUAAGCUUUCUCCGUGUUUGUUUUAUUUUAUUUUUUAUAAAUGUUGAUGCGUUUUAAUUGUAUGCAUGGAAUGACGGAUCAUUAGAAUUAUAAUCAUUAAAUAAAUGUAGGCCAUGUUGGCCACUGUCUAAAACGUUCUUAAGGAAGCGAUAGCUAUCUGGCUAUAAAUUACUCUUCUGUAUAAACAAAUCAACUAGGGGAAACGGCAAGCAGGCAGACUAGUGAAAAAUGACGGAGGAACUUUGGGGAUCGUGAAAACAACACUACACUGCAGCUGGAAGAAGACCAUAAUCCUCCAGCAAUAGUUUUUCUAUAUAGCAAAAAAGUCAGAGAACCUCACUGAAUCCCUUUCAUUUACUGGGAAAGCAAAGAGAACCACUAAAGGCCUAGAUAUUCCAGUGAGACCCCUGUUCCAGCAGGUUUUGCCGCUGUCUGGGUUUUGAGAGCCUCGACGCCACACCAGAGAGUUGUGGCCGUACUUCUGCAUGGAAGAAGAUUGCAUGGAAUUCUGCAAGGAUGUUCUGAAGAGGACUGUUUGACUGUUCAUGAAUUCGUCACUUGGAUUGCCGCAAAGCCAGCCCAUACUUCUCUGCACAUUUCUACACCUCAUCUUGCCUUGCAGCCCCCUCCCCCCCACACACACAUCAGCCUCACUUAUGAUCAUGUAAGGGUUUAGCAGACCCCGAACGGACAGGAUCUGGUAUCAUUUUGGUACAGCUGCUGACGCAGCAGAUCGGCAGGGUGUGAGUCGGCGUUUACCCCAGAGUACCCGAGGGAUCCUUGCUCCCUGUGAGUGCCAGUCCGGGCCCUCUAAGUGGAUUAACCAUGAUGUUCCGAGACCAGGUGGGAGUCCUAACUGACUGGUUCAAAGGCUGGAAUGAGUGUGAGCAGACCGUGGCACUCCUUUCUCUCCUGAAGAGGGUGAGUCGCACCCAGGCUCGCUUCCUGCAGAUCUUCUUGGAGCACUUGCUGGCAGAUUGUACAGAGAUCCACAUUCUAGAGGCUGAGGCCAAUAAUGCAGCUAUUGUCAGCCAAUGGCAUCAUGAACCCACAGAGAAGGUGGUUUCCUUGUUACUAUCCCACCUACCCUUGCUGCAGCCAAGGAACAGUGAAGCCAAAUGUGAGUACAUGAAGCUUCUCCAAAAGGUGCUGAGUCACACCAUUGAGAGCAGUCUGUUUGUGGAGGAGAGCAGGCAGCUCCUUUCGUACGCCCUCAUCCACCCUGCCACCAGUCUUGAGGACCGCACUUCCUUGGCCAUGUGGCUGAACCAUCUGGAGGAGCAUCUGUCUACUGGCUACGUGCCCAUGCGGCCGUCCGUUGGCCCCUAUCACUCCCGCCAAGGCUCUGACGAGUGGGUCGGUUCGGAGGCCUCAGACCUUGGUCAUGCUUGGCAGGGCAAGCCCACCUCCAGCUCCUCCUCAGGAAGUCAGAAUGGACACCUGACUUUUCACGGGCCAAGCGGAGUGCCCUCUCCAAUCAACAGCGUCUGCACCGGCACCAACACAGCAGUGUUGUCUAAGCAGAUUCACCCCAGCCCACUGAAGAGGUCCAUGUCCCUGCUUCCCUCCAGUCCACAAGCUUGUAGUACAGAAUGGCAUGGCCAAGAAGAAGGCGUGGGCCGGCCAGCCAUUGGGCCCACGGACCACGCCCCCCUGUCCCCCCAGAGCAGUGUCGCGUCUUCUGGUAGUGAGCAAACUGAAGACCAGGUUGCCACUCGUAACACUUUCCAAGAGGAGGGUAGUGGAAUGAAAGAUGUGCCUGCCUGGCUGAAGAGCCUCCGUCUACACAAAUACGCCGCCCUUUUCUCCCAGAUGACCUAUGAAGAGAUGAUGAUCUUGACUGAGCAACAUCUGGAGUCCCAGAAUGUCACAAAGGGAGCCCGCCAUAAAAUCGCCUUAAGCAUCCAGAAGCUGCGAGAGAGACAGAGUGUUCUUAAGUCCUUAGAGAAGGACAUCUUGGACGGAGGCAACCUUCGCAGUGCGUUGCAGGAGCUUCAGCAGAUCAUCGUCACGCCCAUCAAGGCCUACAGUCCACCUGUCACUGCCCAGAAAGAGUCCGAGUCAAAAGCAGAGAAGGGUUCCAAGUCUUCUGAGGACAAGGAUGCCGCCGCGGAAGGCUUCCAGUCGAACAAUCCUCCGGCGUGUGACGGCGAGUCCACAGUCGCACCCAUUUCCGAUGGCGAUAUUGCCGGCCAGUUCACUCGCGUAAUGGGAAAAGUGUGCACCCAGCUUCUAGUAUCAAGGCCUGAUGAAGAGAACAUCAGUUGCUACCUUCAACUUAUUGAGAAGUGUCUGAUGCAUGAGGCCUUCACAGACACCCAGAAGAAGAGGCUGUCGUCAUGGAAGCAGCAGGUGUUGAAGCUCCUGCGUUUGUUCCCUAGAAAAUCAAUGCUGGACAUACCUGUGUACCGGCAAAAAGGCUGGGCAUAUGGGUCAAACUCGCUUCCCACAGCAGGCUCUGUGGGAGGGGGGCUGGGGCGUAGGGGUCAGAAGCAGUUUCAGAUGCCCCCCCGUGGCGUGACUCCCGGCCGGUUGGGGCUCAUAAACCCGGGCAGCAUCGGCACUGCAUCACCACGUCAUACUCUGACCAGCCCUGCGCUGGCUGGUCAAGGCCGGCAGAAUCUAUGGUUUUCCAAUCCUAGUGGCAGCAACAGUAUGCCAAGUCAGAGUCGCAGUUCUGUGCAGAGGACCUACUCACUGCCUGUCCACACUUCACCACAGACCAUGCUCCUGUACCAACAGUCUGAAUGCCAAGUUACAGGGACUGACCUAGAGAUCAACCCCACUUUGGAGUCCCUGUGCCUCAGUAUGACAGAGCAUGCCUUGGGGGAUGGCAUGGACCGAACAUCGACAAUAUGAACAUGGAAAAUACACUUUAUAAUGAAGUCCUGGCUCUUUGAGCCUAGGCUAAAACUUGACGUUAAAAAAAACAAAAAACAAAAUGGUCACUACGAAAAAAAGACACAAACUGUGUAUAUGUGCUAAUAUUUUUGUACUUUAAUAUACUUAACUGAGGUUUAUUACAAAUACAGAUUACUAUGUUAUUAAGCAGGAGAGAGAGAUGCAAGGUUUUUAAUGCUAAGAGGGCUAGUUUUCCAAACCGCUCAAAAAGAAAUCGGGGACAGAUGGCAGGUCUGUAGUGUGCUGUUAUUGUCCAGCUGCUGUAACCGGAACUAAGAGCUGGCUGGGGGGGGGUCGGUGCUCUCCCAGCAGGCACUACCCUUCGCUUCUUCCCAGUUCAUCUCAGCUUCAGCCCAAACACAGGGCAAUUCAUUAGCCUUGCAAAAAGGCAGUUGUUAGACACACAGCCAUGUUGCAGUCUGGAAAUUUCCAGAUGGCAAGAUCUUCGCUGAUGCAGCCCCUGUUAACUCGGUACCUGGCAGUUAACUAAAUUGUUAAUGAAAACUAAUAUGCAGACAAUUUGCUUUAAUUAACCUUUUGAUAAGGACUGUUAAAUGUAGAAUCACGGAGAAGAGGGAUUUGGAUGUUGGUAGCCUUUGACAUGCCAGGAUGGUGACAUGCACUUUUAUUUCAAAGAAGCUAAAUAAAUACUAAUGAUACUGUCUGACCCCAUCUCUCUUUUGCAGUUAAUGACUGAAAAGCAACUGUUUUAUUUCUGGUCAGGACUGUAUCAGUUAUUGGCUGAGCACCUAUUUCACAAACAUGGUUGGUGUAACAUUUAAAUCUAAUUCUUUGUAUUUGCCUCAUCUUUAUAGCCUAUGGCUUUUGAGUUUUACCCCAAGAACAAUCUCAACCACAACCGAAUCUGAAAAAGGCAAGUUAUCUAAGCAGCAAGUAAUGGCACUUAAUUACUACUUUUUUUUUUUAUCAUCCGUAUAGUAUUUGAGGAAGAUUACACAAUAUCAUUCUCAGUUCCUAUAGUAAAUGCGUAUUAACCUAUUCUUUGAUGGUUGAUAUAUUUACAUGUAGAUGCAUCAGAAAGAGGUCAGCCUGCUGGUCUCGAGGUGGUUUGGCAUGUCCAUCCAUUUCGUGUGUUACACCAUUAUAAUGAGGCUUGGUCAUAUAUAGCUUUCCUCCUUGGAAACUGUAGGUUGUUCUGGGGAUGACAGGUCAUUUCUUGAGCAAAUAAUUGUGUGAAUACUAUUAUCUGUGUCAUUGUAGGCUGUUUUUUUUUUCUCCCCCCUCCCCCGGCCCCCAACUGCAACAAAUGAUAGAGGGUCCUGCUAAUUCAGUGCAUUGAAUGCUUGUUAUAUUGAAUGCAUUGAAUGCGUGUUAUACUGAUCUGCAAUGUGACCCAAGUCCCGGCAGCAUAAGCAAAACUGAUUCACUCCCAAGUGCAAAAAUCCCAUUGAAAUGCUUAAUUUACAUUAAGCUCUUAAUCAAAAUAUGCAAAUGUAAAAAAAAAAAAAAAAAAGUACAAUUGACUGUCAUAAGAGAGAAUCUCAGUGACGGGCAAAUGCAGAGUAAUUCUAGGUUUUGCUGUGUGUGCUGCCUUAUAAUGUGAAAUGUAUAAAAAGGCAUGUUUUCUUCCUCUUAGGGGCCUAUUCAGCAAAGGCGGUGCAAAAUUUUUGUCCUUUUUAAACUUGAAUUGGUACCAUACAGAACACUGUGUAAAGAAACCUGUUUGUUUUUCAUAUAUCACGGGCUUAAAUGUAUUACCAACCACUUCUGCUAAAGUGAAUAUUGAUUGUGAAAAAAAUAUAACAUGAUCAAUCUGUA